AUCUGUGCGAAGUAGUGUUACACUUCUAAAGAAUUAUGCCAGGCAGUUAGCAUUAGCCAAGUUAGCUAACUGCGUGGUGGUUAGUUUAGAAGCGGUAGGAGGCGAACAAACAGUUUAUUUUCUAACAGUGGGCCGGUAUUAUUGAAAUUUCGUCCAUGAAGGACGUGUAAAUUACCAACACAAUGCCCGUUUUACUGUUUCUGAUAGACACAUCCGCUUCUAUGAACCAGCGCUCCCAUUUGGGCACUACCUAUUUGGACAUAGCAAAGGGAGCAGUUGAGACUUUCCUAAAGCUUAGGAGUAGAGAUCCGGCAAGCAGAGGAGACCGAUAUAUGUUAGUUUCUUUCGAAGAUGCACCAGCCGGAAUCAAGGCCGGAUGGAAAGACAGCCAUGCCACCUUCAUGACUGAGCUAAGGAAUCUGCAAGCUGUUGGACUAACAACAUUUGGCCAGUCUUUAAGGACUGCUUUUGAUUUGCUCAAUCUUAAUAGAUUAGUCUCUGGGAUUGACAAUUAUGGGCAGGGCAGAAACCCUUUCUUCUUGGAGCCUGCUAUCAUUGUGGCUGUAACCGAUGGCAACCGGCUGACCAGCAACGCAGGGGUGCAGGACGAGCUUCACCUGCCCUUAACAACGCCGCUGCCGGGGAGUGAGUUGACAAAAGAGCCCUUCCGCUGGGACCAGCGACUCUUCUCAUUGGUGCUCCGCAUUCCAGGCAACGCCUCCACCGAGCCUGAGCCAAUGGGAGCGGUCCCGUCUGACACCUCCCCCAUCACUCCCAUGUGUGAGGUCACAGGAGGUCGUUCUUACAGCGUGUUUUCCCAGAGAAUGUUAAAUCAAUGUUUGGAGUCUCUGGUGCAGAAGAUUCAGAGUGGCGUUGUCAUUAACUUUGAAAAGACAGGAUCGGACCCCCCGCCGCUGGAAGAUGGCGUCACAGAGGUGAAGUCAGGUCCUCAGCUGUGGCAUAGUUGUCAUAAACUGAUCUAUGUUCGUCCAAACCCAAAAACAGGUGUCCCAGUAGGCCACUGGCCCAUACCAGAGGCCUUCUGGCCUGAUCAGAACUCUCCCACCCUGCCUCCUCGUGCAGCGCACCCUCAGGUACGGUUCUCCUGUGUGGAUGCAGAACCCAUGGUUGUUGAUAAAGUUCCAUUUGAUAAAUAUGAGCUAGAACCUUCUCCCCUGACCCAGUUUAUACUUGAGAGGAAAUCACCUCACACCUGCUGGCAGGUGUUUGUGUGUAACAGUGCUAAGUAUGGGGAAUUGGGCCAACCGUUUGGUUAUCUAAAAGCCAGUACUACUUUGAGCUGUGUCAACCUGUUUGUCAUGCCAUACAACUACCCCGUGGUGCUGCCUUUACUCGAUGAUUUGAUUAGAGUGCACAAGUUCAAGCCCACGUUAAAAUGGAGGCAAGCGUUCGAGACUUACCUGAAGACAAUGCCGCCGUAUUACAUAACGCCCCUCAGGAAGGCUCUAAGGAUGAUGGGAGCUCCAAAUCUUUUGGCAGACAACAUGGAGUAUGGGCUGAGCUACAGUGUGGUUUCUUACCUGAAGAAACUCAGCCAACAGGCAAAGAUUGAGGCAGACAGGGUCUGUGCAUCGGUUGGAAAGAAGGUGGCUCCAGAGGGCGGGAUUAAACUGCGCACCCAAAGCUUCACCCUCUCACUCGCUCACAGAAAGGAUUUCACCCAGGUGCUGCGAAGCAUCAUGGGAGAUAGUGCUGUUAUGCCGAUGGAGCUAAACCCUAAAGAGUUCUCUGGGUUUCAGCUGGCUGUUAUGAAUAAGAAUCUGAAACCACAAGGGUUGCGUAACCCAUAUGACAUCCCCAGAUUGCACCUGUUGGACCAGCUGACUCGGAUGAGACGAAACCUUCUCAAUGCCAGUAUCUGUAUUCUCAAGGGACAGGAUCAAGAUCAGCUUCACAGUGUUCCCAUCGCUCAGAUGGGUAAUUAUCAGGACUUUCUAAAGCAUUGUCCUGCUCCCCUCAGAGAGGCAGAUCCAGACCAGCCCAAACGACUGCACACCUUUGGAAACCCCUUCAAACUGGACAAGAAGGCGAUGAUGGUUGAUGAGGCAGAUGAGUUUGUGACGGGGACUCAGGGGAAGGGGAAACGGGCUGGUGAACCUGUCAGUCCCCACGGGGCCCCCAAACGCAGGAGGUGCAUGUCCCCUCUGCUACGACCAGGACACUCAUACACGCCUCCUUCUUCACCGUCCUCUCCACGGCCAGACGCCACCCCACCGCGAGAGACCGACCAGGUGGCAUUUGGAAACCACGUUGGCAACCACUGUGACUCAGACCACAGCCCAGACAGACAGAUUUCCCCUGCUCCAGAGAACCCUGAACCUCAGAGGAACCACCAGGACAGCCUGGAGGAGCCAGGGACGCAGAACGGGCAGCCCAGGGACGGUGUGACGUCACUGGGCAGCGAAGACGAGGAGCCCCCGCCUCACUACACCUGUCCAAACCGUCUGAAGAAACAACGGAACGAGGAGAGCCAAAAACUGAACGCAGAGCUCCGGGUCCUCAUCACUAGAGAGAUCAGGAAACCAGGAAGACGCUAUGAGAGAAUCUUCUACCUCCUGAAGCAAAUUCAGGGCAGUCUGGACACACGACUCCUCUUCCUGCAGAGCAUAAUCAAAGAAGCUGCCAGGUUUAAGAAACGGGUUCUAAUUGAACAGCUCGAGAACUUUCUGGAAGAAAUCCACAUCCGGGCCAACACCAUGAACCACCUCGAGGAAGACCCACACAGAUAGACAGUGAUUCGAUGUAUGUGGGUCUAUGUGCUGUCUGAAAAAGUGUUUCUUUUAAAGGGAGUCAGCAUUGUUAAGAAUGCUAACUGGAGUGGAGCUGGGACAAUUUUCUUAGAAAAAAAUAGACUUCAUUUGACUUCCCAUUUCUGUCUCUUCUCAACCAGAGAUGAUUUUCGUUGGCAAUAGAUUUGUCCUCUGCACUUCAGGUACACACUCACUGUCGCUGCCAACUGGUUUACCUCAUGGUGAUGAGUGGCAGACGAAAUCUUCAGUUCCACCAAUAAAAUUGCACUUACAGGCUCAUGUCUACCAACUGUUUGGACCUGCCUUAAAUGUAUGUUGAGAAUGUCAUUGGAGGAUUUCUGGAUGCUGCUUUCAGUGUGUGUUGUCAUUUGUUUUGUGAGAGUUUUUAAAUAGGGCUCACAUUGAGGCCUUGGUUAGAAUGAUCCACUGAAACCUCCCAUUUGUAAGUGUGAACAUGUAUAAGACAUCUGUAUGAUGGUAAUAACAUAUACAGUUGCUGUCCUGUAAUAUAGUAUUGUACAGUGCUACCCUGCUCAUCCCACUUUACACACACACACACACACACAAAGUCAGGGAGAUUUCAGUGCUGCUCUUACGUGCAAAUUACUGCCAAUUGUUCAUCUCUCUCUCUCUCUCUCUCCCCCUCCCUCUCCCUCUCUGUCAUUCUUUCUCUCUCUCAUUCUCUCCCUGUCCCCAUCUCUUUCCCUGACUGAGGGACCAAGAUGUUGCCAUACUUCAGUUUUUGUGAAGCUGAUUUGGUGGCUACGAAAAGUAUUUUUUGAGAAAUCUGUAUAGAUGUAAAAAGCAAAAUUGAGAGUAUUAUUUAAAACAUAAAACC